AUGCUGGCGCGGCUGCGGCGGGCGGCGGCGGCGGCGGGCGGCGGCUCCCCCGGCGGGUGGCGGCUCCCUCGCGGGGCCUCGUCCUGGUGCCGCCGCGACGGGCGCCCGGAGCCGCCGCCGCCGCCCGCUCGCGCGGCCCUGCGGGGCCUCCGGGCGGGCGCGGCGCGGCGGAGCCCCGCGGGGGAGCGGCUCUACCCCGGGCACGUCCCCACGAGCCCGCUGCAGAAGGCGCUGCUGGCCGCCGGCGCGGCGGCGGCGGCUCUGCGGGACCCCUACAGGCACGACAUGGUGGCAGUCCUCGGGGAGACAACGGGUUGCCUUGUCCUGCCGGACCUGCGAGACAGAAUGAAACGCGAUCCCGAAGGCUGCCGCAUCCUCCAGGAGCGCCCUCGCAUCCGUCUCUCCACCUUGGACCUGAACUGGCUGCGGGGGUUGCCAGAUGGCACACUGGGCCGAGAAUACAUCCGGUUUUUGGAGGACAAUAAGGUUUCUCCGGACACACGGAUGCCAGCCAAGUUUGUCGAUGAUGAAGAGCUGGCAUAUGUGAUCCAGAGGUACCGGGAAGUCCACGACCUGAUGCACACCCUCCUGGGCAUGCCAACCAACAUGCUAGGGGAGGUCGUGGUGAAAUGGUUCGAAGCUAUCCAGACAGGGCUGCCCAUGUGCAUCCUGGGCGCGGUGUUCGGCCCUGUUCGUCUCAAUGCACGAAAGCUGCAGGUCCUGGCUACGGAGCUGAUUCCUUGGGCAAUUCGGAGUGGGUACAAUGCCAACUGUAUCCUCAACAUCUACUAUGAGCGGCGCUGGGAACAGACAGUGGAGUCCCUGCGGGAGGAGAUUGGCAUCUUCCCUCCCCCGGCAGUUCGAGUGUGAGAGCCCAAGGAUUGGGGAGGGAAUGGGGGAUCCCCAACUGGCAAACAACAACCGCUCCCCUGCAGCGUUUCAUCUCCUGCUGCUGCAGGAGCACAGCUUGGCUCUGCUACCAGCCACCACGGGCCUGAUGGCUGUGUUUUGCCCUGUCAAGAGCUGGCUCCGUGCUGUUGAUGGAAGCCAAGUUGCACCUCCCCGUGCCGUAGCGGAACUUGACCCUUCUGCCAUUUGUGAUUCAAUGGAGAGAUGGCAAGUCCUGCUGUGCCUGUGCCAGCGGGGUUUGGCUGCUUGGGUCCCCCUGGCAGCAGUGCUCUGAGGCUGAUGCUCCAAAACACUGGGAUGGGGAGAGAAGGGAGCAGAAUUGGCUUAAAGCAGACCAGAGCAAACUACUCCUGGCCUAUUGCAACUGUAAAGCUCUGUAGGUAAAUCUGUCCUCCCCUCCCUCCCUGGGAAGCUCAAACCUUAAAGUCUUAGAGCAGCCCUGGACUGGAGCUAAACCAGUUGAUUUACAAAGCAGCCCGGGGUAGGUUAGGUGCCUGCACCAGCGAGAGCUGAUCCUGCACUGGUGCUACCUCUGGCCUCCUGCUGCUGAGCAAUAGGGGAUGUGUCUCAUGCCUUGGCGACCACGCAGUGAGCAAACGCCUGCAGGAGCAGCUCGGAGAUGCACUCGAGGAGCUCUUUCAGCACAGUGAACUUGUCUUGACACGUGGCGAGGACGUGGGUGUUGGAAGUACUGUGUGCGCUUUGGCCGAUGGCUGAGUGGCUCUGCCCGACUUCCCUUUUCUCGCUGAAAGCAGGCAGAGAAAUAUCUCUGGGUGUUAUCUCUGUUGGAGCUGCUGCUCGAGAGGAGAUCCUGGGCUGCCCUGCCCCUUGCAGACCCUCUGCAGCGAAAAGGCUGAAAUCUGUAUGAUUGCACUGGGUUUUCAAUAGGAACCAUCCCCCUUCUUUUGGCAGCAAAACAGCGUGAUUGGGAAUAAGGGGCUGAAUCUUUGGGGAGCAGAGCUGAGGCUCCUUGGGCCAUUCACACUGAGCUGUGGCUGGGAGCUGAGCGCUGUCUCCGUUAAUUAAACGGGUCUCCAGGCUGCCGCUGGCUGGAUUGUAGAGCUGUCAGGUACUAAGACAGAGCCGUGAGGCAGGUGGGUCUUUGUACGUGGAGGUUUGCUGUGUUCAAAUUCCUUUUGCGGUUAAUAAAAUUUGUGGUGGA